AAGAUUUCCCCGGCGUCGAGUGUAGGCUCGAGUACUGAUCCUGGGUGUUCCCUGGACAGACCAUGGAUGCGUGAAGUUAGAUGGCAUUUUGAAUGUCGUUGUGCCUGCUGAAUGUGUAGCGCCGGAAGUCGACACUGUCAAACAAAAGAUUGUUUGGGGCUUUUAAUUAAGAGCCAUGAUGUUAAUAGAUGCGGGACCUACCCAUUCUCAACAUCACAUAGCCUCAAACAACUCGUGCGCCAGAGACACCGCUCUUCCAUGUCACAUUUCACAUACUUUCUUGUCUGUAGUAUGACUUGGUGUUGCGCGUCCUUGAGCAGUACAUGGCAAUGUCUGCGUCGUGCGAAUGUGCUGGAAAUGCCAUUUAUAUUGGAGAGGCGACAUGAAACUGUUGGAGGUUGGAUUUGGGCUGGGGUUCGUUGCGUGGGCAUAGCUGAUCCGGGGACGAGACAUCAAAGGGGUUUGGAUUUGGACGCGGAUCACUAUGAAGAGUGCUUGCGGGCAAUAAUAGUAGGCGACAUUUGACAUCCGCAUGUCAGUAUUUGAAAGUGUCAGAUAAAUACUCACUGUCUUCCCUCGUUGCAAUACCAUCAGGAGGACCCAUAUCCUACAUCCUCUCGGAGCCCACAGCGUCUCCUACAUAGCGCGAUCAAU